AUGUCACCUAAGACCCAAGAGCCCGUUAUCAACAAAGUCUCCGAGUUGCCCAUUGACCAGGCAAAAUGGGUGACUCUCAAGAGAGUUGACUACGUCGACCAGGUCGGCAAGCAACGGACGUGGGAGGUAGCUACACGGAAGACGCGGGGUAAGGCUGGUGUCGAUGCGGUGGCGAUGGGGAAUAUUCUCCUACACCCGUCCCGCCCGGCUUCGACAAUGCUUGUUAUUCAGUAUCGGCCACCGCUUGACUCAUACACGGUUGAGUGGCCUGCUGGGCUCAUCGACGCCGAGGAGACGGCUGAGCAGGCGGCGGUGCGCGAAUUUAAGGAGGAGACCGGAUACGAUUGUCGCGUACUGAACAUCAGCCCCAUACAGGCAGCAGACCCAGGUAUGAGUGACGCGAAUAUGCAGAUGGCUAUGGUCGAGGUGCAGCUGAAGGAAGAUGAUGAGGAGCCGGAGCAGCGAUUAGAGGAUGGAGAGCACAUAGAACGCGUGGUUGUGCCCCUAAGCGAAUUGUAUGAUCGGUUGGUUGAGUAUUCUAAAGCUGAGCGAACUAUCGUUGCGGCCAAGUUAUUCCAUUUUGCUGCUGGCAUGCAUUUCGCACAGACACAAAACUUCAUACAAGCAGAGCCGAUUGCUGCCAUGCAUUCAUGGUCAUGGCCCUCACUUCUCAUGUCGUCCGGCAUACCAGCGGUUUUUGCGCAGAGCAUCGACUUGGGGUGGUAUCCUCCAAGAAACACCUCCAUUAAUAACCUGACAGCCGUUCUCACGAGCCAAGGUGUAUAUGGUUUUAUCUUUAAUUCUUCGGAAACUCCAGAUACUGAAUAUGGAACAUACAAUUGGUGCAAUAUGCCUCAUGUUCGAAAAUCAGAAUAUGUUAAACCGGCAACCGAGUACGAGCUGAAAUAUGUUGAAGUGAUCCAAAGACAUCAUAAGCGCACGCCCUAUGCGAGCAACGCAUUUCCGAUCGAAUCUUAUAAUUGGGACUGUGACGACGAAGGCCUAUAUUAUUUUGGGCGCCCCUUCGGUAGCGGUAGCGGAAGUGGCGACGGCAAUGGUAACGGUGGGAAACAACCCGCAGACGGCUUUUGGAAGGGAUACAUCUCCCCGGUAAAUCCCUACACACCUUCUGGUUGGAUCGGAACUUGCCAGUUUCCUCAAAUCACUUCUGCUGGGCUGGACGACUCUUGGAUCCACGGACAAGACCUUUAUGAGGUUUACCACGACUUGCUUGGAUUUUUACCUAGCAGAGACAAGGAUUGGCGAGCCCAGGUAGCGUAUCGCGUUACCCAAAACGUGAUCACGAGCCAGGUUGCAGGCAUGUUGAUCAAUGGCAUGUGGAGGACAACCGAGUCUGUACCCCUCAUGAUCCAGGCUGCCGGAGUGGAUAGUCUCGAGCCACAGUAUAGUUGCAAUGUAGGCAGUGACCUGUUCAACACCAUCAAGUCCUCCUCCAACGUUGCCUGGCAAGAUCAUCUAGAGGCCGCUGCAAGUUUAUUCAGCACGCUAGACAAUAUAUCUGGCCUGUCUCCGAGUGAUUCUGGCUUCCAUGUCAGUUUUGAUCACUAUUUCGACAACCUUUCGGCGCGGCAAUGCCACGCGAAACCAUUGCCAUGCAAAUUAGAAAACGGUGUCAAUUCAACGACAUGUGUAGAUCAGGUAACAGCCGACGCUGUGUAUCGCAUGGGGCAGUGGGAAUAUUCCCAGAUAUACCGCGAUGCUCCUACUUCGCUCGCUGCAUCUUCUACUUCCUAUGGUGUUUGGAUUGCCGAGCUCAGUGAACACCUGCGAAAUGUGAUCUCUAAUAAGGAGGGGCCUAUCUAUUUUCACAAUAUUGCACAUGAUGGAUCUUUGAGUCGACUGUUGGGUAUAUUACAAAUCGACAUUAUGGUGUGGCCUGGGAUGGGUAGUGAGGUGAUAUUUGAGAUAUACAAACACAACGGAAAUACGACCGCAUCUUCCGGCCCGGGUAUAACGCGUCACGACAAGGCCAGUAAAACUCAAGCGAAGAGAAGAAGCGACGGUGAGUACUUCGUAAGGGUCUUAUUUGGUGGUAAGCCGCUCAAGUCUUCAAGUCCUAGCCUUGGUAUACUCGAUAUGGUGCCUGCAGAGACCUUACUCGUGUAUUUCGAUGGCUUGGUGGGUAAAAAUGCUAGCUUAGUCGUUGGUAAUUGUAACGGGACAAUAUCUGUGUAA